AAUCUAUCAGAACACGGUGUAAUUUUCCGCAAAUACGGCAUGUUUGUUGCGUGAUAUUUUAUUAUUUUUGUCAAUCUAACGAGCCGUCACCGAAGAAUUGCAACCGGUGCAAUUGCUGCUGUGCCCAUGGCUGAAGUCAAGGACUGGCGGCCGUUUGUUUAUGGCGGUCUAGCAUCCAUAACAGCCGAAUUCGGCACGUUUCCAAUUGACACAACAAAGACCCGUCUUCAAAUUCAAGGACAGAAGUUCGAUGAAAGCUUUUCGCAAAUGCGUUACCGUGGUAUGACCGAUGCAUUUGUUAAAAUAUCAAGGGAGGAGGGACUGCGAGCAUUAUAUUCUGGCAUUUGGCCCGCCGUGCUGAGGCAAGCCACAUAUGGCACUAUCAAAUUUGGCAGCUAUUACACGCUGAAGAAGCUGGCCAAUGAACGUGGGUUGCUGACGCAUAGCGACGGCAGCGAACGUGUUUGGAGCAACAUAAUUUGUGCGGCGGGAGCAGGCGCUAUCUCAUCUGCUAUAGCAAAUCCCACCGAUGUGCUUAAGGUGCGCAUGCAGGUGCACGGCAAGGGCACCGAUAAACUGGGCCUGUUCGGCUGCUUCCAGGAGAUCUACAAAUUUGAAGGCAUGCGUGGACUGUGGCGAGGCGUCGGGCCAACAGCGCAGAGAGCAGUGGUUAUUGCAUCUGUCGAGCUGCCGGUUUAUGACUUCUGCAAACUGCAGCUGAUGAGCGCUUUCGGUGAUCACGUAGCGAAUCAUUUUAUUUCAAGCUUUAUUGCUAGCUUGGGAAGCGCUGUUGCCUCGACUCCAAUUGAUGUCAUUCGGACACGCCUCAUGAAUCAGAGGCAUGUGACAAUGCUGAAUGGUGGCAUGGCCACUGCAUCCGCAGCUCCGCCGAAACUUUACAACGGAAGCUUGGACUGUGCUGUGCAAACGAUUCGUAACGAAGGACUUUUCGCUUUAUAUAAGGGCUUCAUACCUACUUGGGUGCGAAUGGGACCCUGGAACAUCAUCUUUUUCAUCACGUACGAGCAACUAAAGAAACAUUAGCAUCCCAUCGAAGAUCGACAGACAUCAAGUACAAGAUGUAUUUAGCAUAGAGACCAAAAACAUAUUUUUUAUAAUAGGAAAACAUAAUGGAAAUGAAAUCAAGCCAGGGAGUAGUCACUGAAGUGCCUGUUGCAUACCGAUUAUCUAAAAGCCGAAAAGGGAAUCCACUUUGACCACUGAGUUUACGUAGAACAAAAGUAACGAAAAUUGACAUAAUUUUUUUAAACGAAGAUGCGCAUUUAAAGUAUUUAAAAUCGCAUUUUAAUGAAGCUUUUGUUUAAGCUAUAUGCAUUCUCUAGUCCUUAAAUGCUUUUCAAUUUCUUGCAUGUCCUGUUCUCAUCUCAAUAUCAACAUCGAUGUC